GGCAAGCGCGCACCACCACUCGCCACGGAUCAAGACCAGACGCCGGCCGGCCAAGCUUGCUCGGAUAUAAGCUAGCUAGAUUCCGUGAGAUAUGCGGGGCGCGGCCGGACUGCCGCUGCCGCUGCUGGCAGUGGUGGUGGUGGUGGCGCUUCUGCAUGCGGCACGCGGGGCUGGAGCGGCGGUCGGCGGAGGAUGCGAUCGGAGAUGCGGGGGCAUGGAGCUGCCGUACCCGUUCGGCUUCUCCAGCGGCUGCACGAUACGGCUCGGAUGCGACGCCGGCGUCAACGGCGUCGGCGCCGCGUGGCUCGGGCGCGCGUUCGAGCUGGGACUGCUCGUGCGCAACGUCACGAAGCGCUCGAUCAUCGUCGACCUGCAACCCGACUGCUCCCGCCGUUUCAAUACGUCCGUCGCGGCGCUCUUCUCGGACAGCUACGCUCCCUCCUCCGGGAACAGCCUCAUCGUUAGCUCGUGCGACGACCGUGCCAAUAUCAACAACUGCAGCAUCACCCCUGUCAGCUUCAUGAACAGAACCUCGUCUCACUGCAGCGCCAACGAAUCCAUCAGAUGCAUCCAGCCCCCCUUGCGUUCUAACAUUACAAGCGGCUACCAUUUUCUGAAUAGAAGCGAGCUGCUCCGCUCGGACUGCACCGGGCUGGUGUCGUCGAUAAGCUACAGCGAUGCAAUGGGGCCAGCAAUGCUGCUGGGCGUGCUGGAGCUCGAUUGGUGGGUGCCGGGGCGGUGCCGCUGCUCACCCGGAGCAAAUUGCACCCAGUUCACCGCGCCGACCACGGGUCAGGAGGCGUUCCGGUGCGAAUGCCAGGAUGGGCUCGAGGGCGACGGCUUCAUCUACGGCACGGGUUGCCGGUUGACAGGCACAGCGUCCAGCCGCCAACAACGAGUGCCGUUCGGGGUCUUCACCGCGGUUACCGCCAUCGCCGUGGUGCUACUUGUUCUCAGCAUAUCGGCUUGCCUCAUCUUCCGCCGCGGCCCAAGGCGAAAUACCAUGACGAAAACCAAACAACCGCUGAAAGCGGUGGCUGCACUCUUCCGCGGCGAACUCGUGGACGACGAGCUCGACCAAGGAGCUGCCGGACCCCGGCGAUUUUCAUACGACGACCUCGCUGCUGCAACUGGUAACCUCCCGUUCUCCGACGACAGGGCGCUCGGAAGGGGAUGCUUUGGGUCAGUUUACCAAGGGUUCCUGAGCGACAUGAACCGCGAAGUGGCCAUCAAGAGGGUGUCCGAGACCUCUCGACAAGGAUGGAAGGAGUUCGUCUCUGAGGUGAGCAUCAUUAGCCGGCUGAGGCACCGGAACGCGCUCGUCAGCUCCUUGCCCGUCAGCGAGCAGAUGUGGGCUGGGGAGUGCCCGUCGACGAACGCGUUCUUCUUGCUAAGCCGACCUCGACGGUUGCCGCUCCACGUUCCCCGCGGCGGCCACGGACGCUGCCGGAGCUGAAAGCGACGGCCGCGAACAACAGCAACUGUAUGCGCACGUGGCAAUCCAGAACGCCCAUCAGCCCAUGGGGACGCGACGAUCGUAGUCACAUGUGUUUUGCACCAUCUCCGGCCGCGAUCCACCGUGAUGACGCACCGGACGCACUCGCACCGCCACAGCAGCCGUUGCCCCAUGUGUGCCACGCGCCGAUGCGGUUCCCCAUCCUUGUGUCCGCCAACACGCACGACCUCACGCUGCACGUACUCCUCCACGCCAAGCACGUUACGUCGGCGAGGUGCUGGUCCCCAUGCAGGACCUCUUCGGCGUCGCCUGCGCGCGAGCACCAGCACCGGUCGGAAAGCGCGGGGGUGCUUCACAUCUCCUACAGCCUCACCGACGACGCGCCGUUGACGGUGAUGGACCACACGCGGUACACGCAGCAGCAGAGCGCAGUGGCUCCGUAUGGGUACGGCGCACCGUCCGCGACGCCGGCGAGGCACGACGACAGUGGCGGCGGAGGGAUGGGGCUCAUGGGCGCGGCAGUCGGCGGGAUGAUGCUGGGCAUCGGCGAGGGCGUCGGAGAUAUGCAUAAUCGCCGACUCAGAGAUGGGCAUGGACGGCUGCUGGCCUGCUGCUAAUCCGCAUGCAUGCAUACGCGGCUCGAUCGCAUGGAAAAUGUAUGUUGAUUUUUUUUCUCCGGAGUGUUUAUAAGAAUUUAAGGAAUGAGAUGAUCGAAACCUUUGCGCAGCCUGCCGGUCGAUCGAUUUCAUGGUGUCGUUCUAGGGUUUCUCUUCCCUAUAACAGCAGGGUGAAUUGCAUGCAAUAUAUCAAACAAAUUUACACACGUGAGCAUUUUAAUUAGUAGCAUGCAGUAUAAUUUAUAUUAUUGAGAAAUUAGUAGCUUGUAUUUUUUUAAGAGAUGCAUUACCAUUUGCCAACAAAUAAAGUAUUAGUUUAUUUUGUAUUA